UGAAGCCUGAACGCAUCCUAACAUCGCUUGUUUCCAACCGUCCGCCUUCAACAGCAUUCAACUGUUUUAUUAGAAGCGUUUGGCACGGGAAAACGUGGUCGAAGAACGCGUCCAAAUUAACGCGUCGGUGGACAGGCAACGUCCUUGUGAAAAUUCUGAGUGAUCCUUGAAGCGGAGGUUUCGGUGAUAGAGAACUCUUCGAUCGACGGACCGGGUCGACGAUGAUCGGCUUCGGUGGAAGCGACGACUCGCUGGUUUACCGGCUCCUUCGAAAGUUUCGUGUUCCUGAUGCCUAGCUUCCUUGGACACUUCUUUGGUCUCUCCUUUCGAACCGAACUGUUGAUAAUGAACCUUCUAGGCCUGGUAAACAGCACGCUGGACUGGAGUCCGUUAAAAUGGACGAACGAGCUCGAGAGAAUUUGGAAUUUAUCUUUGUCGCAAAGUGCGAUAAUUAUUGAUGUCAUCGGCGAGGACACGAUUAAAACCGUGUUGUCAUGGAUCGUUAUAACGCGUAUCGUGAUCGCCCACGUUUACACGUUAACGUACGUGACGAACAUUUAUCCGAUAGUAACAUGGAGCCGACCGAAAUUACUACUACCCUGGCUGAUCUUGAGCUUCUUCAAGAACGUCGUUCUCGAGGUGAUCGUGAUCGUAAUCGGUCUUUUACUCUGGUACGACACCAGGUUCUCGAUAGUUAUAUUCCUCGAGUUCAUCUUCGUGAAACUUGUGCCCCUGCUUUUGGCUGGUUACAACUGGUACACAAACUCCUGCCUGUUCCUGCAACUGCGUCAUCUCGAGAAGCUGCGGAAGCUAAAGAGAUCCAUGCGUAGCGACACUAAUUUGCUCACCAGCCGUCUCUACGCGAAGCUCGAGGACUCCAAGUACAGGACCAGAUCGUUGACCACCUUGUUGACUUGCGAGAGCUUCGAAUCGUACGACACGCAGGACACGAUUUCCCAUAUCAUCGACGACCCCGCUCUGUCCCCGGUCCAGAAAACUAUGAAGCUUCUCGGGUUGAGCGAGCACGACAUCGCGGAAGCACGUAUCAGGGUGAGACAAAGAGCAGAGCGUAGAAGGUUGACAGAAUUGGACGAUGAAUCCUUGGUGCCCUUAAUGGGGCACAGUAACCACGACUUGGAGCGACUCUUCAACGCGAACAACGAAUACCAACGACCGAGCACCGAUGCUGAAGUUGGAAAGAGGAAUAUAGAUUUGGACAAGGUGGAAUCCACGAACGAACACCCUGCCGAGCCGGAGCUUUUAUUUCCGCCUACUGAAAAUCCAGAAAUCGAAAUCCCAGAAGUAGCAAAUCCAUUCGAAGCUACAGAAGCCGAAGCUUCGCGGAGAUCCGAGAACAAAGUUCUCGCAAAAGCGAAGGCGACAUCGGAGCCACCACUGUUGAGAAGAAAGAGAGAAGGAACAGGGACAUUGAACACGAGUAGGACGAAGCAAAUGAAGAUGUACUCCUGUUACGCGAAGGACCUCAAAACUUGCACGCCUUACCAGAAGAGGAAAGAGUCUUCGAGGCUGAGUUCGACGAGACAGACCAGAAGAAGCAUGCAGGAAAGCUGCAGUCCCGUGAAGCUGCAAGCUCUCUUCAAUUGCAAUUGCACAGCGACCGAUCAGAUAGCUUGUUGCGAGGUCAAGGACGCCACAUUAAGAACUUCCACGCCGAAGAAGAACGUAGACAUCCCUGGCGGAGCUGGGAACUCUGAGGAUAAUUCCAUGGAUUGCCCAAAGGCAUUCGAUCAUUCGUCCGUGUACACCUGCAGUGUCACCAAUGUGAAGACAGACUUCAUGGUGAGCAGCAGCUACCCUGAAACGAGCACCUUGCUCCAGAAAAACCUGGAGCUAUUUAAAAGUAUCAAGGUGGACGAUCUGGAGAACCUACUCGCGAAGGAGAUGUCCGUCCAGAGAGUAAAACAGAUUCAAGAUGAUCCAAACCUCUUAGAACCCUAUUCUGAUCAUCGUAACGCGGUGAUCGAUGUACAGGAUCUUUCGGAGAUCGUGAAGGAUUUAUCCGCGACGAACCUGGAAACAUCGAGGACGGCUGUAUCAGAAGUCAAAGCUGACGACGAUGGUGUACACAAAUCUCCUACGGAUAAGGGCGUAGACACCACGCAGAAGACCACCUUGCACCCCGACACGCCGUCGACUAACAAAAACGACUCAAAGCUGAACUUACCCGAACACUCCUUCGGAGACACGAACAUCCCGAGGUUCUACAAGGACUCUAUGAUGGUUUUCGAUGGCUGCUACGAGAAGGAUUUCGCCAACAAUUCGGAAGUUCAGAGUCUUCUUCGACAAUUGGAGAAGAAGGAAUGGAACGUCUUCGACGAUCACACCAACCUCGAAACGUUGCACAGGGCUUCGUAUUCGAAACAGGACAUCGUUCCACUAUUGCAGGACUUGGGUACGAUUCAUCUCCUGAACGACGAUUCCGAGAAGCUAGAAGGUGCUUCGAAGUUGGACCCCUUGAUCUCUCGCGAGGCUCAAGCGGACGAUCCUCCCGUAGCCUACCAACCUCGAGAAUCAAAGAAGGUUCCGAUAUCCGAUUUCGUCGAUUCGACGAAGACCUCCAACGUUCACACGCAAACAGACAAGGAGCUCCAGCCUAGUAGCUCCAGAUCUAGUCUCUCGGAGGGAAAGAGACGCAGAAGAGCGUACUUCAAACGCAAACAUCUGAGCGAGCAAAGCAGAAGCACCUCUCCGUGCGGUAUAAGACUCCGCGCAAGGAAAACAGACACGCGUUUUAUGGUCACGAACAAUCGCCCAAAGUCCCCCGUCGCGUUCGCGCGACACAAAAUGGCGAAACCGGGGCCUAAAGACGCCAAGAAGAAGAUCGACCCAACGAAAUCUCCGUCCAGUAAUAGCGUUUGCGAGUGCCCCAUGAAUAAACUCGAGGCAAAACACGGCGACACCAGAAAGAGGGAUGAGAACCGAAAAUCCUCGACGAAACCCAAGGUCGACACGUUCGGGACGGUACCGUUGGCGCAGGUGGCUCGCCAGUCGGAUAUCGAAACGAUGGUGUACCGUAGAAAACCUCCUGUUUACCCGAAGGAGUUCAAAAAGGAGGCUCGCGACGUCGUUGCGUCAUCGAAGAUUCCUUCUGGCAAGAAGACGGAGUCGUUCGAGUACAAACGUUCGACGAGCAAGGCGUCCAACAGUUCCAGGACAUCCAAAACGAAAUCGGGGAUGGAUGACACGGAGAGCAGAGAGAUGAGGGCCUUGAAGGCCUACAACGAGGUCACUCUGCUGAGGGACAAGGAGGAACUGGAGAAGAAGAAGCUUUCCUCCCGCAGAAUCGCGGAGAGUCAGCCUCGCGCACAGAACAGCAAGUUGUUCGACGAUUACACGAACAAAGAAAAUUUGUUGAUCGAUACCGCCACCGAGACCAAUCCAUCUUCGUGGCCCGAGGACGGCGGGCAGCCUUCGAUCACUGCUAGACCCUGCAGUUUUUCCAACGUGAGGUAUCGCUCCGCGAGGAUGGCGAAGAUCAACAGAGUCACGGACAGAUUGCUGGACAACUUCGACAGGCUGCACGUCACCCAGGCGAAACAAGAGAGCAAGAAGAGCAAGCCGGCAGAGCCGGACGGCAGAAGGCAGUACACGAAGUACAGCAAGCCCAAGAAGUUGGUCGUCGAGGAGAACCUUUCGGUGAGCUCCAGCAAGAGGCUGGAGGGGACGCAAAAGGGCCGCGAUCUGGAGAGGACGCUUGCCAAAGAGGACGUGAGGGACGAAACGGUUCGUUCUAUACCUGCUACUGUCGAGUCUCAGCAACGCGUGAACGUCGAGUUCGCGAUCCCCGGGCCGCAACACACGGAGUUACUGAUGCUGAAGCCAUCCGCGAACGAGGACCUUGCCUCCUCCUGCUCUUCGAGUACGGUUGACCACAGAGAGGAGAUCCAGACAGUGCUGGAGGAGAGUACAAACGUCGAAGACGAAGAGCGAGCUGUACCACGGAUCGACGAACCCGAGGAGCAGGUUGUCGAAGAACCUGAAGCCGUGUACGUUGAAGGAGACACGCGAAAUCACCCUGAAACCUGCGAGGACGAACCCCAGAGGUCAGAGACUCGAAACGCAAACUGGAAUAGGACAUCUCCAGACCUGACAGACUUCAUCAGAAACAUCGACGUGAAUCGCCUUCCGCACGGCGUCGUUUUAACCAACCCGAUCGCCCAGGGGAAGAGGAGUCGGCAAAUGGACAUCGUCGACGACAGAACCGCCAGAAUGGUUCACAACGCGUUCUCGUACAAGUCUAUGGACUCGCUUCUGGACUUUCCCGCGGACACCGUGACCAUGGAGGACGUUCUGCAUGGCAGCCACUUGGACUCGUCCGUAGACGAGCUCGUUUACCGAUCAAGGAACGACGACGUCUUGGUCGAAGAGCUGUUCGAGCAAGGAGACCAACUCGAGCAAGCGAUCGUGGCCGCCAUUCGCGAGUCCCAGGACGCGAAUCGUGAUCUCUGCAUCGUCACCAUCGGCGGCGACAUCCUGCCUGACGGGUCCGCGACGGAGGACGUCGAGGACGAUGCUGGUCGUGGCCGGGUUGUUCAAAUGAACGAGGUUCUGUCCUCCAUAACGGAAGUCCUCGGAGGUUUGAAUAUCACUGGACUCGACCUGGAUGCGAUCGCCACCAUGGAGUUCGAGCUUCUUCGGGAAAUUCUGGACGCCGGCGAGAUCGAAGACCCGCGAAACCAGGUCUCCCGGUCGAAGGAUGUCGCAGACGAAGAAGAAUAUUCAAGGGAGCAAAUGCUGAGGAUCAUCGAGGAAAACGUCUGCACGGAUAUCAGGUUUCCUGUCGUGAUCAAGAUGUCCGACUUGAUUCCUGGCAUGGCGGACACCAGGAACAGUAGUCCUCGAGUGCUGGUUUCGAGAGUGGAUUCUGUUAGGAUGAGCUUUUCGCGUUUGACAGAGGUGCUGGAGAGGCGCGAAAGAGGAGACGCGAACGAGGAGAAGAACGAAGACGAAGAGUCCUUAGAAACACGCAAAGAGAAAGAAGAGAAGAGUUUGGAAGAAAUUAUGCUGUCGAUGAUGGAAUCCAUGCGACUAAUGAAUAUUAAUGACGACGGGCGAGAUUUGUCGGGUAGCGAGGACUCGUUCGACGAUUUCAGGUCUGAGAGCGACACCUUGACGCACGUGUCGCUUAAUUCGAGACCCGAUUCGACCAUCGAGGAGUUCCCUGUGGAUAGCUUGCAAUGGAGGGAAACUUGUAGGGCUCCGCCGAGGGGAGGCUUGAACGAGACUUUCGAGAUAAAAAGGGCAGAAGAGUCGAGCGAAGAGGACGUUGAAAAGGUUGGUGAGACUCCCAGAGAGGAAGAAGGGGCUAGUUCGGAAGAUAGAGGUAGAUUGGGAAGUAUUAUACCUGAAGAUCUCGAAAGGAGUAUUGAAAUUAAAGAAACUGAAGAGGGAGAAAUCGACUUUGAAAGAACUGACGAGGCUUCUAGAGAUGAAGAAGGUAUUACUUUGAAACAUACAGUAGGAAGAAUCGAGAAAAACAUAGAGAACAACGAAGCAAGUAUUAUACCUGACGAUCUCGACGAGAAUAUUGAUAUAAUGUUAGAUGAAUGCACUAUCAAAGAAGGUGAAGAAUAUUUUACUACAAUCGGAGAAGCUGAAAAUAGAACGAAAGAAAAGCAAAGCGAAGGGAGUAUCAAACCAGAGAUUGUCGAAGAAGGUAUCGAAAUCGAAGAAGCCGAAGAGAUCGUUAGAACUAAAGCGACGGGAAGGAGCGAAGAAUUCCUCGAAGACGAAGAUAUCGAAGAGGGCCUCGCCAUGAUAGGACUCGAAGACACCGUCGAAGAAGAGAACGAGGUCGUCUCGGGGCACGACGUCGCCGAGUUGAAAGACGAACUGUCUUUGCAAAUCCUCUUCUCGUUCUGGUUAAUGGUGGUAUAUUUCUACACUCGGUACUUCUUUCAGAAGAUUUACUCUCUGUCGCGGAUCUCCAGAGCGACGUCGAUGCUGAAGCCGUUCGACGUUCACGCGGUGUCCACGUCGACGUCGACGCUUCUGGAGAAAGCGGAGCUUGCCGAGAAGAUCAGGCGGGAGAGCCGCGUGGAUCCGGAUACCAGCGUCUUCGAGAACGUCGAUACUUCCGGUGCGAUCGAGGAACAUCUGCGAUCGGUUCUAAACUCGACCAUCGAGAAAAUAUGUUCGGAAGCUUCGUUGAAUGGGAUGGAAGGUAUUAUUAUGGAGGAGUUGAGGGAAGAGGUCGAGAGAACCGUGCUGAAUAUGAGGGACCGCGUCGCAGAAAUGAUGGAAACGGUACCGUCGAAUCGAGGCGUCGAAGGAACGCGAGAAGAAGCUCGGUCCGUGGUACUCUCGCGCGAACGAGAUCGUCAGCAGCGAUGUCUGUUCCCAAUCGAGGUUCAAACGAGCGACAAUGACUCGAGUACCGUCAAGGAAUCCAGCGCGAUCGCCACGAACACUCGAUUGUCUAUCAUUGAGCUCGAAGAAGAUGAGCUGAUAGACCUGCGGUCGACCGACCGAGAAAUUUCGACGCCUCGAGUCGAAGAGGUCGAUCUGAUGGAAGACGAUCGAGUUGGAUCACCUGGAGGAAAUCAGUUAAACGUGGAGGGGCUAGAUAGAGAAGAGGACUCUGAUGCGACAGAUGUAAUAUCUCAAACUACAAUGAUCGUCGAAGAAAGAGUGGAAGCUAAGUCUACUGGAAUUGUCGAAUCAGAUUCUUCUAUAGAUUUGGAAACCACUCGGAAAGAACAGAAAGAACACUCAGACUUGCAGUCAGCUGAACGAGAAAUCGCGACGUUUCGAUUCACGGAAGUCGAUCGAUCCAGCUCGUUGGAAUCUCUAGUCGAAGAUGAAGUCGGACUCUCUGAAAAGUAUCGAUUAAUUAAGAAGAUUUACGACGAGGGCUCAGGUAAGGAGGAAUGUGUUUCGCCUGGACUGAACGCCGAGGAAGCUGAGAAGUCGGCUGGAAGCGUUAAAGAAACUGAAAAGACCGGUGAAAACGUCGCGUCGAAUUCCAGUAUACGUUUCGAGACCACUCUGGAAGAAAUGGACAGCUUCGAUUCGGCUUACACAGCGUUUUCCGAGACGACGCAGAACUCGGUCUCGUUCGCUGAUUUUGUUUCCGCUAUGGAGGAGUUCUCGAUCGCCUCGAACCUAUCCGACGAAGACGCUUGAACGCGCCCGAUAAAC